AUGUCCUUUGUACCACGACGAGUAUUUCCCACGUACCGGAUUCCACUUUCAAACUUCAAGGGCCACCACCAGAAGGCACUCAACAAGUUCGGCAGCUUGGCUCCGCAAAUAGAUUUUAUUCUUGAAGUCAGAGAUUCUCGAGCACCCAUAUCUACGAUCAAUGUGCUCUUCAAUAAAGUGCUAGCGCACAAGCCUCGACUCAUCAUAUACUCGAAAAAGGAUCUUUCGGUGCUCAAGCGGCCAUGGACCGAUAAACUCCAUAAAAGUCGCAAUGAACAGUACUUGUUCGUUGAUGCUCGAAACAAACAAGAUAGUAAAAAGAUCUUGAAUUUCAUAAAAGACCGCUACUUUGAGAUGUCUCCUCCACCUCCAUUAGGGCUUCGUAUGAUGCUCAUUGGGAUGCCAAAUGUCGGUAAGUCCACUCUUGUAAAUACUUUGAGGAGUGUUGGGCUUGACAACUCGGGAGCAGUGUCUUCCAAAGUCCGUAAAGUGGCCCGAACUGGAGGUCAACCUGGAGUCACCAGGGCCACUAGCGAGAUUAUAAAACUUUCCAAUGAUCCAGAUAUACUUGUCCACGAUACUCCAGGAGUGUUUCUUCCAACUGUGAAAGACGCUGAAACCAUGCUUGCACUAUCACUUGUAGGCUGUGUUCACACCUCAUUUGUGGACCCAGUAAUCCAGGCUGAUUACUUGUUGUAUAUCCUCAAUCUUCAAGAUCCCAGUGGUUCCAAGUAUAGCGAGUACAUCGACCACCCGACCAAUUCCGUGGACGAAUUGCUUUACAAAAUAGCAGAGACAAGAAACGUGGUGAGAAAAGAUGGUACUUUCGAUAUGGAAGGAAUGGCUAUACACUGGGUCAGCAAAUGGAAACAGGGUAAACUGGACCAAUACAAAGGAUUAUUUGACCUAGCUCCAGUUCUCGAACAGAACGAAGAAGAAAUCAGACUGAACCUUAACUUGGAAACGAAUCGAGUGGCUUCGAUGCAAGUUACGAAAAAACUUACAGACCGUUUAGGUGAAGAUGGAACAGCCACUUCCAAGGCUCGCAAGCGUAAUGCCAAGGACCGAGCAGCAGACCACCAGAACCAAUUGUUCAAGUUGUAG